UCAUUUUCACUUCAUGGAAGGCUUCGCAGCACCUCUCAGGCAAAUCACAACCUCUCCUUCUACCGGAGAUCCCAACCGUUCAUUCCCCCAAUAUCGUUACCAAAACAAGCCCAUGAAGGUAGCCAUGCCACACAACAGCAACUUACCAUCAUACUGGGCUUCCAUAAGCGCCGACAUCGAAGACCACCUCAAGCAGUCCGUUCCAGUACGCCCACCUUUAUCAGUGUACGAGCCUAUGAACUACCUUGUCUUCUCUGCCCCAAGAACCAUGGCUCCAGCUCUAAGCAUCGCCGCUUGCGAGCUCGUCGGAGGCCAGCCGGAAAAAGCCAUCCCCGCGGCGUCGGUGCUUCACCUUAUGUAUGCCGCAUCAACGGUUCACCAGCGCCUCCUACAAUCAGGCCGAGCGAAGAGUCCCACCACCAAUUACACGGUGGACCACCAUAAUAACACAUUCCCUGCGGGUGUCGAGCUCCUCACAGGUGACGGCAUCUUUAGUUUCGGGUAUGAAUUGUUGGCCCGACCAUUUCAGGAUAAUAAACCCGAACGGAUCUUGAGGGUGAUUAUGGAGAUCACGCAUGCAAUGGGGGCACAAGGAAUGGUGGAGGGGCAGUACCUACAGCUGUGCCGCAGUGGAUCAGAAUCGGACUAUGAUAUGGCAUCUGAUGGUAAGGUUGGGUGGAGUAUUGAGAAGAUGGAAGGUGGGCUUUACGCGUGUGGAGCUGCUUGUGGAGCUAUCUUGGGGGGGGCUACUAAGGAGGAAACGGAGAGGCUUAGAAGCUUUGGACGUUAUGUGGGUAUUAUACAUGGGAUGAUUACAUCAAUGGAUGAUAGUGAUGAUGGUGAACAUGAGAAGAAGGAAGGAUUGAGUGAAGUGUUGGAGAAGCUUAGAUCGUUGGCUCUCAAGGAAUUGGAAUGUUUUGAUCAUCAACGAAUGGUUGAGAUCAUUUCAAGCAUUCUUCAUUUGGAUUCACUGCUUCAGUUCACCCACAAACAAACUCAGUCACUCAGUUAAGUGUCAGGAUUAACAUAGAUGAAUUUGGAAGAAUGCGUGUAG